AUGGGACGAUUAGGUCUAAAUACAAACAAGUUCGGUGGCAUACCUCCUCAUUUAGUUUUACCAAUGCUACUAAUGAAACAAAAUAUGAAAAAUUCAAUGUUGAGCAUAACGAGAGUGAAAUCGGAAAGUCCAGAUGAGCCUAAAGUUUUUUGUCCCUCUUGCGGAAGAGGGUACAAAUUGAAAAGUUCCUUACGCAACCACAUGAAGUGGGAAUGUGGCAAAGAACCGCAGUUCAAGUGUCCUUAUUGCACCUACAAAGCGAAACAGAAGAUGCACAUUACAAGACAUAUCGAGAGAAUGCAUAAAGUUAUUGAUUACUCGGCUGUUAAGAAAGAACCUGCUGAUACUGUUAAUUCCAAUGCAGCGAACUAG